CUUUGUGGAUCGCAGUGGAAAUUGUAUUAAAUAAGAAAAUUAAAUUGUAAAUUUUAAAAGUACUGGACAAAAUUUAAUUGUCCAAAGCACAUUUGCAGACGAUCACAGGUGAAUCCCUUGUUGUGGCAAAUUUCUGUGCCCGCAGUUUUCGAAAUAUUGUUACCAAUAUUUAAAUAAACAAAUUUGCAAAAUUUUAAAAGGAGACAUAUUAAGGCUGACGGAAAUAAGUGCAAUGUAUAGUACGAUUUUGUGAAUUGACAAGAUAUAACGUUCAUUAGAACUUAGAUUUUAAAUACGAUUACAAAAAUGUAAAUCAUUUAACUUUUUCGAUAUGUGUAUUUAACGAUUAACAUAAAUCUAGUGUUCACAGUUACUUUGUAGGAAUUCUGUUUUACAAAAUGUGUAUAUUAUAUUCUAUGGCUAAAAAUAUCCGCAUGGAUUGAUUGAAAUGUGGCACGCAAGGUAAACAGUAUAGCAAUGUAUAGAAAAGUCAUGCCUGUGUUUCUCAAAUAGACAUGAACAUAUAAUAAGGCUUGCACAACGGUUGUUUCAAAUGUUAAAAUGGAGGCGUGGCAAGUAUGUGUAUGUACAUAUGUAUAUACAUAUGAAUUUAAAGCGCUGACGAUAUGUUUAAGAAAAAUGCGGUGAAUGAACAUAUAAAACGAAAUUAACAAAAGCUUCCUCGAAAAUUAAAUGCUGAUUUCAAAAAGAUAUGAAAAUGUUUAAUAAUGGAAAUGUAUUAUUAUAAUAAAAAAGAAGAUAUUAAUUUCUAAGUACAUUUUCAUUGUCGAGCAAUAAAUUUGAUUUAAGGUGCAUCCGAGAAAUAAAUAGACUUGUUUACGAAUUAUGAAACGUUUUUGGGAUCAGAAGACGAAUAGUGAAUAAUAGUUGUGCUAAACAAAGACAUAACUUAUAACCAAAGCUUGAAAUAUCUUUCAAUUUGAACUUGAAUGAAUGUCGUUCAAUGAAUCCUUCUGGAGUAGAGAAAACUUCUCUUUUUGACAACACAAACAGUCAAGCCAUGGUUGAUGGUACGAAGCGACCACAAAUUAGCGGCGGUCGCUUCGAUUUUGAAGAUGGAGGAACAUAUUGUGGUGGAUGGGAUGACGGCAAAGCUCAUGGACAUGGCGUGUGUACCGGGCCUAAGCAUCAAGGAGCCUAUGCAGGCGCUUGGACUUAUGGUUUUGAAGUCUCUGGAGCCUAUAUUUGGCCAAGUGGUUCGCACUAUGAAGGGCAAUGGCAAAAUGGACGUCGUCACGGCUUGGGCGUGGAACAAAUCGGCCGACAGAUAUAUCGAGGUGAAUGGUCGAAAGACGGGCAUAAAGGAAGAUAUGGCAUUCGGGAAAGUACGGUUUCAACUGCGCGAUACGAGGGAACUUGGAAUAUGGGCUACCAGGAUGGUUAUGGUUGUGAAACUUAUGCUGAUGGAGGUAAAUACCAAGGUCAAUGGCAAGAAGGAAAACGGCAUGGGUAUGGAAUCCGUACAUCCGCUCCCUUUGGGCUAGCAUCUCAUUAUCGUCGAAAAGAUAUUCAUUCAUCACAGAACUCUCUACGCAGUUCUGACAUUGGCGAAGUCGAUAAAGGCCGGUCAGAAGAAAUCAGAGGUGGCUUUGUCCUGACUGCAAAAUCUGAUAAACUUCCGACGCGGCGCAAUAGUUUAACGGAAAAGACAAAAAAAGGAUUUUUAUCGGGGUUUAAAAUGCGUAAACAAAAAAGCACAGGGGAUUUGGAAAAACGAGGCACAUUGACAUCGAGCAGCGUAAGGUCCACAACGUCCACCUCAUCAUGGGUAAGCACAGGGUCAGAGCAAUCGAAUUUAACUACGAGAUCAACACGUACGGAUUCUAAUGCUAGCUUUACAAUGGAAGAUGAGCAGCUAGAUUCUGCAGUGACAGAGACAUAUAUGGGGGAAUGGAAGAAAGACAAACGUUGUGGCCAUGGUGUUGCAGAGCGUAGUGAUGGUCUAAAAUAUGAAGGAGAGUGGUACAAUAACAAGAAGCAUGGUUAUGGUGUAACUACAUUCCGUGACGGUUCAUUUGAAGAAGGGAAAUACAAAAACAAUAUUUUAAUUACCAGCCAAAAGAAAAAGCACUUGUUUCUAGCGCGAUCACGGAAAUUUAGAGACCGUAUCACCAUAGCAGUAAAUUCGGCACAAAGAGCGUUAAAAAUGGCAAUGCAACGAUCUGAUAUAGCCAUUUCCCGUACCUCAACUGCAUCCGACAGAGCUCAAAAUGCCGAUAUUGCAGCUGAUCAGGCUCGUGCCGAUUGUGAAGUUGCAGUUAGAAUGGCCCGGGAAUUCGCUCCAGAUUUUAAGCCAUCAGUUUUAGAACGAUUCGAAAAAAUGCGGUUUCGUAAUCAAAUCAAAUAUACUACAAUCGCAAAAAACAGCAUUUUAUCGCCUUAUACUGGAAAUGUUGCAGAACCUAUCAAAACUGGGUCUAUACUGAAGGAAAUGAGUAGAUCUGAUCUCAAUCAGCACAUCCGUCAAGAAUCGAACAUGCAGCUUCAAAAUUCGGUGCAACCACAAAAGCUUCCUGUAACACCUCAAACAGACUUUGUUAGUUUAGUUAACCAACAAAGCUAUUCCGGCAGCAAUCCUUUUACUCCGAUGUAUUCUUCACAAAUAAAGCAGAAUGAACAACCAUCUAGCCAAUACCAGGAAAACACUCAACAAAAUAAUAUAGGCCACUUUAGUAGACACAUGGAGCUGGGUACAAGUAGUUCCAUAGGAAAUAGCAACUUAACUCAAGGCAGCAGAAUGGAACAAAAUGAAAUCCCGGCACAGUAUAACAGGAACAAUCCGAACAAAACUAAUUAUGUUUCGAGCACGAAUUCAGACCAACUUGAUGGCAACGUGUAUCCCAUUCCUGGCCUUGAAUCGAACACAAUGCCAAAUAACUUUCAAACUAUUUUAAAUGAACAACAUUUACAGCAAACUUCACUGCAAACGUCUACGCAAGCAUUGCCCAACAAAAAUUCUCAUCCUACACGUGCACCAUCUCAACAAAGGGAGGUGUUCGGAUCAACAAGGAAACAGACUAAACCACAUCCUUUCAAUGAAAUGAAUCAACAAUUAUCUAUCGAUUACUUUGAUCAUUAUAAAAGACCUCCAAGCCGAGACUCGUCAAUAGAUCGAUAUGCCAGAACAACUAGUCGUGUUAGUGAAAGCGCAGGGUACACUUCACGACAAUCUUCGGUGGAUAAAACUUUGCCAUUGCAAACACGAGAUGUAACAUCACCCAACAAAGAAAUGAGAACUCGUGAAGGUUCAAACUUAAGGGAGAGUUUACCACGUUCCGCUGCAAUGAAACCAGCAUUUAAUGUAUCAAAUCAAUCGAUCAGUGGGAUGGAAAAAACGUUACCAAUCAAUAAACCGUUCGAAGAUGUUCUUUUGUAUCAGCGGUCACUAGGCCAGGAUAUUAUUCCUUCGCCAAUGACUCCGAAACGGACAGAAAGCUUAUAUACCCCUCCCAAAGGGAAUUUUCCAAAAGACGCUGCAAUGAGCGCUUAUAACUAUGCAGGAAGCAAACCGCUUAAGAGCACUCCUAUAAAUGUAACUCUGCAACGGAAGAAGUCGUUACCUGAUUUUCAGGACCUGCCCCGUGCUACGGAAGCUAUGAGUCGUGAGGAAGUCUCUGCAUUGGGUUCGGCGAGACGUGAAGCUGUGCGGCGCCAAAUACAAAUCAAUGAAAGACUAAAAGCAAAUCCUUUAUUGUACAUUUUUAGUCCUCAAGUUAAGGAUUGGUUUUCUCGUCAACAAUUGGUGCUGCUUGUACUUUUCCUGAAUAUUAUUUUAGGUUUAAUUUUCGUGAAAAUGUUGACAUAGCAGAAAUAAUUAAGUGUCAAUACAUAUAAGCAUGAUCGGUUUUAAUUAAUAUUUUAAACUACUUAAGAUCAUAUACGAAGGAUUCAUAUGUUAUUGUCUAUAAAAAUUGAGAAAAAUAUCAGUUUGAUCCAAGAGUCGAAAGUGGUAUUAAACGUGUAUAUUACAAACUUUAACAAUUCGUCGUUCACUAUUAUGCAUUUGGACAGUUCGCGCGGGGAGAUUGUUUCGAUUAUUACAAUUCAUGCAACGUGUUAAAAAUGUCAGGGGACUUUUAUGUAGACCUUUAAGAAAAUCUAUUAAUCUUACUGCAUAUGACUUAGAAAAGAUAUUUACGUAUAAACAAGGUAUAAUAAUUGUGUUGUAUAAUAUGGUACAGUAGAAAGCAUUUGACAUUUGCGGAUACUAUAUUAUAAAUUUCGUGUUAAUAGAACUUGCUUCAAGAUCUGGUGUAAUAAAGGGCUUGUUCGAGGUACAUACGUAAAAAAAACAGCAGUAUUCCAGCACUUAUAUCCAGCGUUUGCAAUCUAUUUGCAAAUGCUGAGCUCAUAUUUUUCAAAUGUUCGGUACUAGAUGAAGGUAGAUAGAUGAAGGAGUUUUCUAUAAAUAUUUUUCUUGAUAAUUUCAAUAUCGACGGAAAAUUACUAUUGAAAAUGACAAAGAAUAGAAUGGACGACAUGAAAACAAAUCUAAUGAUGCAGUUAAAAAACUUUGCGCGCAGCAGCGGUCGAGUUUUUUGACAGUUAGAACGCAAUACUAUUGCCAAAGUUGACAGAAUUUCACAUCAAACGUAAUAUGUUA